AUGGCAAUGGAAGGAGCAGAGAUGAACGAGAUGCCACAGCCAUCUGCUUCUGGUGUAGAAGUAGAAGCGCAAACUUCUGGUGCUGGCGUUGAGGAGAGCGAGCAUGCUGCCCAGGCAGCUCCUGCAUCUGAGGGUUUCCUCGCUCCCAAGUCUGCAGGUGAUGAGCCCAUACCUGUUGAUGAUCUUAUGCAAGCUGCUGCAGCAGCAGUAGAAGCUGCAACAGGAGAGGAGGGUGCAGAAGCAGUAAAGGCAUUAUUAGAUCAGGUUCCUCAGGAGGAUCUUGAGAGAGCAGCAGAAGCAAUUGUGGCAGCAACAUCGACAGGAACAUCAGGAAAGACGGGAAGCAAGAAGUUAUUACUUGGUGGUCUUAUUGGUGGUCUUCUUUCCCUUGCUGCUGGUGCAUUUGGAGCUAAACACUACAUGGCAUUGAAGCAGGCUCAGGGAGAAGAAGGAGCAGUAAUCCCACCACCAGAAGUACCACUCACACCCGAACAAGCAGCAGAAGCAGCAGAAGCAGCAGCAGCAGCAGCAGCAGGUCUAAUGAAGGAUAUCUUGGGGGAAGGAGGAGAAAGAUCAUUGGAAGAUGUACUCGAAGAUGCAAAACGAGAGAUGAGGUCAUUGGGUCAGCCAGAGGGUAAGGGGGAUGAGCCAGAAGUUAAGCCAGCAGCAGAUAAACCAACCCAGGCAGCAGCACCAGCACCACCCCAAGCAGCAGCACAGGAGGUAAAGGCGGAACAACCACAACCUGAACAGCCAGCAGAGGAGGAAGAAGAGGAGUCAGAAGAGGAGCCAAGGGACGUAGCCGGUAUGGAGGACUUGCAGAAAUUGAUGCCUCCUCGCUCUCCCUCUGAUCCUUAUGAUGAGGUCGAUACCCCCGCACCUGCACCCCCGAAGACCGAAUAG